AUGUUUUUUCAAGCCUGUUCCCUACGCCGCAUACCACAUACUCUAUGCCAGAUCCGGCGGUAUUCCGAACCCGCUACUUCUGCUGCUAAGAAGCCUGCUCCAUCAGCAGCACCAAAAUCUUCCUGUCCAGCCGACACGGUUCUAACAGGACUGAAUUACCUCAAAGGCCAAGAGCCAGUCCUCGCGAAGCCAGAUGAAGAGUACCCGGACUGGCUAUGGACGCUGCUGGAACCAAGAGUGAUACCAGAUGAUGGACCUGGAGGGAGGGCGGAGCGGUAUAAGCGGAGGCUGGAGAAUAAGCAGAAGAUACGGGAGAGGAACUUUAUGUUGACGCAAUAG